CGCGUUCGUUGGUGCUGACCAACGGUGUCGGCGCUUAGAGAGUAGUGUGUUUUCUUUGUUUGAAGGUCGCUCCGAGCUUACCUGGGUACUCGCACGAAAGCUUCAUAGGCGCAUUCUAUUUGCUUAUAAGCAUAAAUAGCACCCGGUCUCAAGGCCAGGCAACUUUGGAAGCCUAACCAGCAGACCUCAAGUUCCAGGCAACUUUAAGAGCAAUUUUUACAGUAUCACAAUGACGAAGACUAUUGCGAUUGUUGGAGGGACUGGCGCGCAGGGCGGAGGCGUGGCCAACGUCAUGUUCAAGACGCCAGGCUGGAAGCUUCGAAUCAUCACCAGGAACGCGGACAGCGACAAGGCUAAGGAACUUGCUUCCAAAGGCGCAGAGGUCGUGUCAGCCAAUGCCGACGACGAAGAGUCGCUCGUGAAGGCCUUCGAAGGCGCCCAUGCCAUCUUCGCCGUCACAAACUUCUGGGAGCAUCUCUUUACCGGCAAAUCUCAAGAUGAGUCUGGCGUCAUCGAAGUAGAGCAAGCCCUGAAGCUCGCCCGUGCAGCAGCCAAGACAUCAACUCUCGAGCACUACAUCUGGAGCACGCUUCCGAGCGCUAAGAAGACCACCAAUGGCAAGGUUACUUGCGCCCAUAUCGACUACAAGGCCGAGGUAGACGACAAGAUCAGGAGCGAAAUGCCUGAGCUCGCGAAGAAGACGACGUUCCUGUAUUUCGGUUACUACGCCACCAACAUGGUGUACUUGCCGCUGCUCAAGCCGAUGGAAGUUCCCGGCUCGUACGGCAAAUGGGUGCAAAUCGUGUCCACAGCGCCAACCACAGCGAUCCCCGUCACCGGCGACAUGACGGUGAACCCCGGUAUCUGGGUCCGCCAGAUCCUCGCCAACCCGGACAAGAGCAAGGGCAAGUACACCACCGUCGCCACGGAGACGGUUACGCUCGGCGACAUGCUGAACAUCUGGUCCGAGGUGACGGGCCGCCAGGGCAUCUACAUACAGUGCAGCCGCAAGGACUACGAGAACCUCUGGGGCGUCGCCGGCGAUGAGAUUACGGACCAGUGGGACUGGGCGCAGAUUGUGAGCGAUUGGACGGCGCAUGUGGACUAUGUGAGCAAGGAGGAGUUGGGCAUCAAGCCGGAGGAAACGCCGGGACUGAAGGCGACGCUUGAGAGUUUGAAGAGCCUCAUGUGAGGUGUGGGCAGCGAUGCGCAAGCAGAAUCUGGGGCGAUGAACAGGUCGGCCAGGGUAGGCUGGUCUAGCUAGGAGUCCGUGUCUGUGGGAAGCGUAGCGGAGCGUCGUAGAAUGGAUGUUCGCGUUCGUGACGUCAUGCC